CAAGACAAAACAAGAAGGUAUCGUUGUUACUACCUACUUGUCAUUCUGCUAACCAUCCAACCGAGAACGGGGUCGCUCAUAUCAAAAAGAAACUAUUCAAGUACAAAGUUUUCGACACGUACGAUCCGACUUUGAUCGUGAUGUCGGGAUUCGACGCAAGUAUGCCGGACACAAGUCUGUCCGACAAUCUACAUCCACACAAAAAGGGAAUGACCCUAUACAAGUGA